AUGGCAUACGGCGGGCCUGCGCCAGCCAACCCGCACCUUGCCGCGCUGGCGAAGGAUGUGCAUCGAAUCACUGGUAACAUCAGCGGACCCUUCCGCAAGGGUGAAUACACGAUGGUGCUGCAGCAGUUUGAUAUGUUGAUGGCCACCUCCGCUGUGGAGGAGGUCGCCGCGAUGGCGGUGGAGUGCCGCGAAGAGAUGCGCGAGCUCGACUUGCUGGGGCAGUCGCGGAACGUCUUGGGCCCCGACUUCUUAACAUGGCGGCUGACAACGCCGCAGGGGCGCGCGAUCGGCGUCAAUGGCAACUACAGCCUUCCGAAGCCGUCCACAGUCUCUGACGACACCUACCAGCUGUACCUGCUCGAGCAGCAGAUUGAGGAUGCCUGGGGCCAGGUGCUGCUGGCGUCGAUGCGUCAGGUGCCUGACGAGCAGGAGCAUCAUGAAGAGAUCGUGAACGACUUUGAGCGGUUGUUCGAGCGCUGCUCCGACUACUUGCGCGCGAUGCUGCAAGACACUAUGAGCGCCGUACACCUGCUGGACAUCACGGUGAUGGACGCCUCGGAGCUGUCAACGCAGUAUGUUGUCUGUGCGGCGCUAAUGAAGCACCCUCCACCGGACGUCGCCGCACUGGUAAAAUUCAUUGAGUACCUGAAGCAGCGCAGCAUUCCACUCUCACUGGCCGCCGCAGAGCAGCUGGAGCGCAUCUACCUGCGCUUCAUGAAGGGUGAGGCGGCCGCGGACGUGUUUGAGAGCGUCACCGCCGCCGGCGUCAUCCCGCUGUCUGUGAGGCCGUUUGCGAUGCUGUUCAACAAUCUCACGGACGCGAACGCGGUGCUGGACGCGUAUGACCUGAUGCUGGACUACGGCAUUGCACCCGAGGAGUCCACGCUGCGAAUCCUGUGCAAGCAGUCUCGCAUGGAGUACGCCAAGCUGCACUUCACCACGGUGCUCAAGAACAUGGCAAACGCCACUAGCGCGACACAGGCCCACUCGCCGUCGCCGCCGCCACCUCGCUCGCCACUGGCGUCUGGGGGCGCUGGCGUGGCACCUGUGCACACGAGUGCCGCCGCCUCGACCUCCACCGCCUCUACUGCAUCGCGGCGGCGAGACGAACGUUCGUACUUUGCGCAGCGCAUCGAGGAGCUGGCGGAGCGCAAGCCCAAGGCGUCGCUCCUGGAGGCUCUGAAGGUGCUGCACCGCGCCGAGGUGGAGGGGACAUCUCUGGAAGGGGACACCUACAUCAUGUCCGCCCUGCUGCGGCACUACUGCCGCAGCACGACCCCGCGCCACUACCUGGUGUUGCCCUUCAGCGAAUCACUAGCAUACCGGCCUGGUCCUGUCUCUGACGGCGUGCGCGCCGCAUCGCAUGUGGAAGGUGGUGGCAACUCCAAGGGGCACCCCGCGGCGAACGGGUUUGACCUCGGCCCUGACCCCGCCAACGAGGAGCUGUUGGAGGGAGAGGGGAAGAGCGCCGUCAACGAGGAGCUCGAGGGGCUGCCAGGCGCGCCAACGCGCUCCCGCGGUGGGGAGCCGGAGGCGGAGAAAGGCCGCCGCCCACGCCCGCGGCAGCGCGAUCCGUACUUCGCAGACAGCUCCGAGGAGGGCACGUACAUUCUCGAGGUACUCAAGUCCUACGGCUCCUACCCAGACAACAGCGUCCUGCAGGCGCUGUCGGCCCAAUACGAAGGGCAGGUGCCGCACAUGGAGAUCGUCGCCAGCGCCGCCGACGCCUUCUUCGAGGGCUGUAUGGCCUCUCACGGCACCAUGAGCCCCGUGGACUGCCGUUUUCUCCACGCGCUCGGCUACUACUACAUCGACAACCGAUGGCGCGACCGCGCGCACCUCCUGGUGCGACGCGUGCUGGAGAUGUUCUACGCCUACCAUGUGACCUUCCGCGCCGACCUCAGCGGAACGGAGAAGUGGUUCUCCUACUUUGCCGUCAUUGUGGGCACGAAGACCGGACCACUCGACCUCGGUAUCGGCCUCUUCGCUGCGUCCCUGGCUCUCUCCGACAAGACGGUGAACCCUAAAGUGGCCACAAAGUUGACGGCGAAGCGGGACUCGUCGGAACACGUGAUCGAAGCCAUCGCGGAGCUCGAAAAGUGCGGGUGGGAUUACCAUCGAAUCCUCUUCUGUGACGCCCUCAUGCUAGAGCCGCAGGAACGGGCGAGCGCAGAGAAGAACGAGAGCCCCGCUGGGGCGAACGGCGCUGGCUCACGCGACCACCAUCACGGCCGAGGCGCGAACGGCAGCCAUGCCGCAGGAGCAGUGGCCUCGUCUGCCGCAGCGGCCGGAGAGGAGCACCUCGGCAAAGAGAGUAUCUAUACCUCGGCUGGCCAAGGUCCGAGCUCCUACAACAACUCGCAUCUGCUGUCAGCCCGUCCUAGCCUCGUCACGUACAUGUACGUGGCACUUCGUGACUUAGGCGUUGACAAGAAGACGGCUGACUGGCUGCGUGACAAGCUCAAGGCCGCGCGGCAGGAGGCAUUGGCAUCGAAGAGGACUCGCUGA